GACGCCAUAUUGUCAUUUAAAUAAAUCUGUUGUCUGUUGUUGACAGUGGACGCUGUGGAUGUAAGUGCCGGUUUUAUUUUAUAUAUUAACGCAAAAGACUCAGUCCAGAUGGAUGUUGAUACUAAAGCCGCACAUCAGGAAAAUGAUGCAAAACAUACUACUGAGGAUGCACCUCAGAAAUCAUCCCCAAAAUCAGAAACAAAUGGCUCGACCAAGGAUACUCCGAAACAUAAUUCCAGACAGAAACGAGGUGAAUCCAGAAGUCGAUCUCAAACUCCUCAAAAGAAGACUGAAGAUGCGAAAACACUCCAUAUAACAUUGAAAAAGCUCGAUUCAGAAUUAAAUGGUAAAGAUAUACAAGAAGAAAAAGGGAAAAUUGAAGAGAAAGACAAUGAUAAUAAAGUGGAAAUUAACGACACAAAAGAAGAUAAGCCUGCAAAAGAGGACAGUACUAAAGUGGAAAAGGAAUCAAGUAAAGACAAGCAAACGGAGAAACAGAAAGAAGAAAAACCAAAAAAAGAGGAAGUUAAGAAAGGAAAUACACAAGAGAAAAAGGAGAAGAAAAAAAUUGAUUCAGUAAAAAAAGAAACCCCUAAAAAAGACAAAAAAGAUAAAGGUAAAUCAGAAGCUAAAGGUCAGGUCAAUGAACCAGACACUGAGCCCGUCGAAAUGGAUCCAUUGGUUAUAUCAGAUGAGCCAGAUCCUGAGCUUCAGUUUGAUGAAAAUUCCGAUGUCGAAUCUGGAAAAGGAUCACCGGUUAUAUCAAGAUGUGUCACAAGACGUUCUCAAACUCGCAAUAUACCCACACCAAAGACUCCAAAAUCAGUGGACCAGGACAUGGAUUCUGAAAAAAAUUCAGCUACCUACACUCCAAUAACUGACGUCUAUAAUGAUUUGCCAAAGACAGACAAUUUAAAUGACACUUGUGAAUCAAUGGAUACAAUCAACUUAUCGACAAAAGCAGAAGUGGGCAGUGACUUAACUAGAAUGGACUACAUGGAACAUCACACCUCAAUUUUUGAGGAUUCCAGUUACAUAAGUGCCAGCAGGGAAAAGUCCUUGAGUGAAACAUUGCGUGGCUUGUCGGCUCGAAGACCGAUAAGGCCAUUGGAUGAUUAUAGAAGAAGAGUCCUGAGAAGCAACCUAGAAAGGUCUGAUUUGAAUAUGCCAUAUCCUUCACACAACCCAGUGGAACAGAUCAUAACAGGUAUUAAGCGUAAAAGUAGAAGUAUUACCCCUGAGGAUAGGAAGAAGUUUAAAACCGACUCUCCAGGAAUGAAUUCACUGUUCUCUAGUCCUUUCACAAAUAUUCGGAAUAAAUUUAAAACCGACUUACCAUCAAGUACUCCUAAAUUGCUGAGCUACAGGGACACUAACACUCGGCUGCAUUAUAACGAUGAUAAUUUUGAAAAUGGAGACGAUGAGAAAAAAAGUUGGUGCUCUAUUAUGUAAGAUUUAUUAUAAGUAUAUUAUAUAUUUUAUUAUCCAAGGAUCUGCCUAGUUUAGGCUAAGAAAAUUUUUAUUAUACAAUCUCGGAUAAGAAAAGUUUGUAUAGGUUUCUUAUACUGCCGUGCUAAGAACAGAAGUGGUGACUUCUAUUUUGGCCAUUUUGAGAUAUUAACAGUUUUUAAUUUUCACAGUGACUAAAAAUUCUGCUCAUAGUCAAAAAAAUUUCAAAUUUGAUUUAAAUCGGAUAAAUAAAAGGUUAUAUUAUUUGUUACAGUUAUAAAAAUACUAAUUAUUGUAUAAUUUAAUUUUUAUAGUCGUGUUUUAAAAAUUAUAAUUCUAAUACUAAAGGGAUUUGACAUUUAUCUUAUAAAUUUAUAUUGCAAAAAAUAACGAUUUGUCAAUAAAAUCAACUAACUUUAUUAUUUCACUGGAAAAAAAGUAAAUAUAAUAUUUGCGAACAAUAAAUAUAAAUAGGAAUACAUAUUAAGUAUCAGACUAUCCGAAAAUUAUUAAUUCAAGGUAAAUUAACUUAUAGGUACGCAUUAUUUGAAUUAAUAAGAAAAAGUAACAUUUGAAAAAAAGAUUAGUUUUCUCUUUCUGAAAUAUCAGUUUCAGAAAUUAGUAAAUUUAAGUCCAUAAUUUGGAAUAAUACCAUUUACUUGAUAUUAAAUUUUUAAUUAAAUUCUGUUUUUUCCAGUGGAAUACCAUUAGGUUUUUUUUUUAUUUUUCGUUCUGGUAUCCUUUCAAUGAUUUUUUUUAUUUCACCAUCAGUAUCGAAACACUCAAUAACAAUUUCUGUGUCAGUUAAAACUACUGGACUGUUCCAUUUGCAUUAUAGAUCCAUUAUCAAUAGAAUCCAGCUUGUUGAAUCAUUCGUAUCUGUCAGAGUAUAUGCAACAAUAAUUGAAUUACUUAAAUUUUGGUUCACAUCAAGGGUGUUGUCUUCAUGCUCUAAACUUGUGGUAAUUUUUUGUGCUUCAUCUAUAUCCGUUAUCACGCCAGGAAGAGUUUCCAUCAUCAUUGUAUACUAUAGAAUUUUCAUCAACCUCCAUCACUUGUAAUGCAUUUUUUGUUGAAAAACUAUCCACUUCCUGUAAUAAAAAAAUAACAAUUUCCAUGCAAUGCGAAAUUAAUACUAUUAGAAUUUUUUAUUACUUGUACUGUAUUAUUUAUCUAUUAUUUACAAAAUUAAAAAAUGAAGAAAAAUGAUUUUUCAAUUAUUUAUCAACAAAAAAUAUAUCAUUUUACGUACCUACCUGGAUCUUCCUUCUUUAUAAAAGUAUUUAUUAAAGUAAUAAAAGGUUGCAUUGGACAAAGUAAUUUAAUUGUUAAUGGAAGUCCCAAUUCUUUUCCAUAACUAUUAGUAAUCUUAGAGUUACUAAGGCAUUUUAUCCUAACUUUUGAAGUCACGAUUGAAAUAUCUUAGUAAUUGAUAGGUAUAACUUAUUGUUGUAGUAAAGAUACCGCAAUUUUUUAUAGUAACUAGAAAGGUAGGCAAGAAUGUUACUAUAGUAAUUUUAUUAUGAAAAAACAAAUGAAAUUGUUUAAUAAUAUGAUACUAUUAUUCUUCGAUGUUAUUAUAUCAUCUUAGAGUCAUAACUCAUUUUUGACAAAAAAGUAAGUUACCACCUCUGUGCUUAGCACAGCAGCAUAUAGAAUAUUAGACAUUUUGUGUAGCAUAUGAUUUGUUAAUAUUUUUGACUUUAUACUCUCAUAUUUUAUUUAAUAGACGUAGUACAAAGAAGUAUGUAUUUUAAUUUUAAAAUUUCAUACACCUACUUUAAUGUUACACAUUGAAUUUACAAAACAAAAGUAUUUUUCUACACCUAGUUUUCAAGGUAUGCAUAUGCUAAACAAUUUUAUUGGCAAAUUCUAUAUGCAUAUCUUGCUUCUUUAAGAUUUUUUUCAGUUUAAGUUGUGUACCUAUUACAUGAUUAUAAUAAAAAAAUAAAUAAAGAGUU